AUGGCCGACAACCUGAGGAGACUAGCCUCCAGCGAAGUUUUACGAUCACUGCUGGAGAAGGUCGAUUCCUGGCUGAGGAACUACAACACAAAUUCAUGUGAUGAAAAUUUAAGUAUCUGCCUGGAACUCAUUGAGCAAGUUGCUAAGCUGGAGGGACAACUCUUUGGGAUCUUCACUGUAACAGCCCAAGAAGGAGGACAUUAUGGUGGUGUGGAGAUAAUCAAGUCACGCCUUUUGCCUUGGCUGGAGGCAUCCUUUACUGCUCCUUCUGGGGGAAAGCCAAAUGACGGCGCGAUUCCCUCACUCCAGGAGACACUUGAUAAGGACAAAAAUUCUCUUUUUCGGGAUCAAGACCUACAGUUGGAAUCUGACUUGCAGGAAACCCGUGAUCAACUGAAGCAGGUUCAAGACGAUCUGACUGAAACGGAAAAGACUCUUGAAGAAACCAAGAACAGAUCGGCCAUAUCCCUUUUGGCUGCAGAGGAGGAAAUAAAUCAGCUAAAAAAGCAGCUUAAAUCUCUUCAGUCUCAAGAGGAAGCCCGCCACAGGAACUCAGACUACUAUACAGACCACCGGAGCAGAGAGCGGGGUAGGAACCCACAGGCCGUAGAAUGCAAGUACUCGGAGGUGCGGACCUUAGACCUGAAGGACACACACAGGCGGAGCCUAGACCAGCGGAAUCCCGAAGCCUUAGCUGACUAUGAGAAACACCUCCAGAUGCUCAAGGACGAGAUAGCGGUUUUGUCUGCUGAAAAGAAUGCACUCCAAGACAGGUCCAGCAGGAGCCGGUCUCCUAGCCCAGACCCUCGCAGCCGCAGCCGGUCGGCCAGUCGGUCGGCCAGCCGCCCUCCCAGCCGCCCGGCCAGCCGCCCGGCCAGCCGCCCUUCCAGCCGGGCUGCCAGCCCCUCCAACGCGGUUGCAAAGGUUCGAAGCCCGUCCCCGAAUCGCUCCAAGCUGUCCAACAUGGCGCGCAAGGCUGCCCUCCUGUCCCGGUUCAGCGAUGUCUAUUCCCAGGCGCGUCUCGACACGCAGUGCCUGCUGCGGCGCUGCAUUGACAACGCCGAGACUGUGCAGCGGAUCAUCUACAUCGCCACGGUGGAGGCAUUCCACGUAGCUAAAAUGGCAUUUAGACACUUCAAAAUCCGUUUGAGGAAAACUUUGACACCAAAUUACGCAGGGUCGAAAAACUUUGAGGAUGUCGUCUCGGAUUAUAUCAUAUGUCAUCUUGAUAUGUAUGAUGCCCAAAGCAGUGUUAAUGAUGUAAUCCGAGCCAUGAAUGUCAACCCCAAGAUUUCGUCCCCCCCAGAAGUUGACUUCUGCCUCCUUCGUGACUUCAUCCAGGAGAUAUGUUGCAUUGCGUUUGUGAUGCAGACUUUAGACCCACCCCUCGACAUUGCUUUUGGGGCUGAUGGAGAAAUUUUCAACGAUUACAAGUACCGCCGCAGCUAUGACUCAGAUUUCACUGCUCCCCUGGUCUACUACCACGUGUGGCCUGCUCUGAUGGAGAACGACUGCGUCAUUAUGAAGGGAGAAGCUGUCACCAGGAGAGGGGCUUUUUGGAAUUCGGUGCGACCUGUAACCCGAUGUCGAAGCCGGAGUUUAAGUCCUGUUUGCCACCGUAGCCAUAUUAGUUUAACCAGUCUCACUAAUUCUGACACACCAAGC